AUGUUGAGGUUAAGUCAUUCACCCGCCUUUCCUGAAGGUUUUCACCUUUUAAGUAUUGUGGCACUCUUGCUAUUCCAUGUGGACAAAGCAUAUGCAGAAAGUCCAACAGACACGUCCAAGAACGCUACAUGUACUGGUACAUAUAUUUGCAAACCAGGUGUGAUUUUACCUAUCUGGGAGCCCCAAGACCCUUCAUUUGGUGAUAAAAUUGCUAGGGCUACUGUCUAUUUUGUGGCCAUGGUCUAUAUGUUCCUAGGUGUAUCCAUCAUAGCUGACCGCUUCAUGUCCUCAAUAGAAGUCAUUACAUCCCAAGAGAGAGAGAUAACUAUCAAGAAGCCCAAUGGUGAGACCAGCAAAACCACAGUGAGGGUUUGGAACGAGACUGUGUCCAACCUAACGUUGAUGGCUUUGGGUUCUUCAGCCCCUGAGAUUCUACUUUCUGUUAUUGAAGUAUGUGGUCAUGGUUUCAAUGCGGGGGAUCUCGGACCGAGCACCAUUGUAGGCAGUGCCGCCUUCAACAUGUUCAUCAUUAUAGCCAUAUGCGUCUAUGUGGUUCCGGAUGGAGAAAUAAGGAAGAUUAAGCAUCUACGAGUGUUUUUUGUGACGGCAGCUUGGAGCAUCUUUGCCUACACUUGGCUUUACCUUAUUUUAUCUGUCAUAUCACCCGGUGUUGUGGAGGUCUGGGAAAGCUUGCUCACUUUCUUCUUCUUUCCCAUUUGUGUGGUGUUUGCGUGGGUAGCCGACCGAAGGCUUUUAUUUUACAAGUAUGUCUACAAGAAGUACAGGGCUGGCAAACAGCGAGGCAUGAUCAUUGAACAUGAGGGUGACAGGCCAUCAUCCAAAGCUGACAUUGAAAUGGACGGCAAAGUGGUUAACUCCCAUGUGGAGAACUUCUUGGAUGGCACCCUGGUUCUGGAGGCAGAUGAGAAGGAUCAAGAUGAUGAGGAAGCAAGGAGGGACAUGGCUAGAAUCCUGAAGGAGCUGAAGCAGAAGCACCCCGACAAAGAAAUGGAACAGCUGAUAGAACUAGCUAACUACCAGGUUCUGAGCCAACAGCAAAAGAGCCGAGCCUUUUAUCGCAUUCAGGCUACUCGGCUAAUGACGGGUGCUGGCAACAUUUUGAAGAGACAUGCUGCGGAUCAGGCACGGAAAGCUGUCAGCAUGCACGAGGUCAACUGUGAAGUGGUGGAAAAUGAUCCUGUCAGUAAGAUCUACUUUGAGCAGAACACCUACCAGUGUCUCGAGAACUGCGGCACAGUAGCUUUGACCAUUGUUCGCCGAGGCGGUGACUUGACCCAUGUCGUUCACGUUGACUUCAGAACAGAAGACGGCACAGCCAAUGCAGGGUCUGAUUAUGAGUUUACCGAAGGGACUGUGGUCUUCAAGCCUGGCGAGACACAGAAGGAAAUCCGGGUUGGCAUAAUUGAUGACGAUAUCUUUGAGGAGGAUGAGAACUUCCUCGUUCACCUCAGCAAUGUGCAAGUGAGCACUGAAGCGUUGGAUGAAGGAAUUCUGAAGGCUAACCAUGUCGCAACAUUUGCCUGCCUGGGAUCGCCCUCCACUGCCACAGUUACCAUCUUUGAUGAUGAUCAUGCAGGCAUCUUUACCUUCGAGGAGCCGGUCACUCAUGUAAGCGAGAGCAUUGGAACCAUGGAAGUGAAAGUGCUGAGAACGUCCGGCGCUCGAGGAAAUGUUGCUGUGCCCUACAAAACCAUCGAAGGCUCAGCCAGAGGGGGAGGAGAGGACUUUGAGGAUACUUGUGGAGAGCUUGAAUUCCAGAACGACGAGAUUGUCAAAUCUUUUGCUGUAAUGAUGAUUUUUUUCAUGGGUGUCCAUAUGACAACUUUGACAAGAAUGUGCCUAAAAGUCAAAACGAUAUCAGUCAAAAUAAUUGAUGAUGAGGAGUAUGAGAAAAACAAGACCUUCUACCUUGAGAUUGGGGAGCCCCGUCUGGUGGAGAUGAGUGAGAAGAAAGCUCUGUUGUUGAAUGAGCUUGGUGGCUUCACAAUAACUGUUUGUUUUUUUAAUGGAGGGAAACUUCUGAAUGGCAAACCUGUCUUCAGGAAGGUCCAUGCUAGAGAACAUCCAAUUCCUUCUACUGUAAUCAGCAUUCAAGAAGAGAAUGAAGAGAAACAGCCACUGACGAGCAAAGAGGAGGAAGAGCGCCGCAUUGCAGAAAUGGGACGCCCAGUACUGGGAGAACAUACCAAACUAGAAGUCAUUAUUGAAGAAUCCUAUGAGUUCAAGAAUACUGUGGACAAGCUCAUUAAGAAGACAAACCUAGCCCUUGUGGUUGGAACUAACAGCUGGAGAGAACAGUUUAUUGAAGCUAUCACAGUCAGCGCUGGCGAGGAUGAUGAUGAUGACGAAUGUGGGGAAGAGAAGCUGCCCUCCUGCUUUGAUUAUGUGAUGCACUUUCUGACCGUCUUCUGGAAGGUCCUUUUCGCCUUCGUCCCCCCGACAGACUACUGGAAUGGCUGGGCCUGCUUCGUCGUCUCCAUCCUAAUGAUUGGUUUGCUGACGGCUUUCAUCGGGGACUUGGCGUCCCAUUUUGGCUGCACCAUUGGCCUGAAGGAUUCAGUGACUGCAGUCGUGUUUGUUGCGUUGGGAACUUCAGUGCCAGACACCUUUGCCAGCAAAGUGGCAGCUACGCAGGAUCAAUAUGCUGACGCCUCAAUCGGGAACGUCACCGGGAGCAAUGCUGUGAAUGUUUUCCUGGGGAUUGGCGUGGCCUGGUCCAUCGCUGCCAUCUACCACGCAGCAAACGGGGAAGUGUUCUACGUCUCCCCCGGCACCUUGGCUUUCUCCGUCACCCUCUUCACCAUUUUUGCUUUUAUCAGUGUGGGCGUGCUGCUUUACCGGCGGAGACCGGAGAUUGGAGGUGAGCUGGGUGGGCCGCGGACUGCCAAGCUUCUGACAACAUCCCUCUUUGUGCUCCUUUGGCUCUUGUACAUAUUGUUCUCAUCUCUGGAAGCCUACUGCCACAUAAAGGGCUUCUAA